AUGGUGUUCAGCUGUUCGCUCCCCUCUCGCCCUGUCACUCCGUCCCCGGCCGGCCGCGAGCGCCCCUUUGCAGCCAGGCCCGGGGGUCGGCGCCGGCCAGACCGAGGGGGCGCUGAGCUGCUUCUGGGGAGCAUUUACCCAGCUGCGAGGGACCCCGAAACUCAGAGCAUGACGGAGAAGGAGGCGCUGGCGCCACCAGCCUCGCCCGCGCCAGGGGGGAAGCCAGCGAGCAGGCUCCGGGCGCUGAAGCAGCUGUUUCUGCGGAGGCCCAAGGAGGAGCCGCCAGCGGAGCCGCAGCCCAACGGGGAGCUGGUCAGCCCCACGGGGGGGCCCCUCUACUACUUCUACGAGGAGGAGGAGGAGGAGGAAGAGGAGCCCGAGCCGCCCCCCGAGCCCCAGAAGCCCGUCAACGACAAGCCCCACAAGUUCAAGGAUCAGUACUUCAAAAAGCCCAAGUUCUGUGAUGUCUGCGCCCGCAUGAUUGUCCUCAACAACAAAUUCGGCCUGAGAUGCAAGAACUGCAAAACCAGCAUCCACCACCACUGCCAGUCCUACGUGGAGAUGCAGCGCUGCUUCGGCAAGAUCCCCCCCGGGUUCCGCCGGGCGUACAGCUCCCCCCUUUACAGCAACCAGCAAUACGCCUGCGUCAAGGAGCUGCUCUCGGCAGCCAAUCGCAGCGACCCCGUGUUCGAGACCCUCCGGACGGGCGUCGUCAUGGCCAACAAGGAGCGGAAGAAAGGGCAGGACGAUAAGAAGAAUCCCUUGGCCGCCAUGAUGGACGAGGAGCCGGAGCCUGGGAAGCACGAAGUGGGCAAACUCGAGGCAGGCAACCCAGAAGGGGACAAGAAGGCAGAGAAAAGCACUCCCGACGACAAGAACAAGAAGCCCCAGCCCGGCUUCCUGCAGACUCAUUACUUCGUGGCGCUUUAUCGCUUCAAAGCCCUGGAGAAGGACGAUCUGGAUUUCCACCCGGGGGAGAAGAUCACGGUGGUGGAUGACUCCAACGAGGAGUGGUGGCGGGGGAAGAUGGGCGAGAAAAUUGGCUACUUCCCCCCAAACUUCAUCAUCCGGGUGCGGGCGGGCGAGCGGGUGCACAAGGUCACCAGGUCCUUUGUGGGCAACAAGGAGAUCGGGCAAAUCACGCUGAAGAAGGAUCAGAUCGUGGUGCAGAAGGGGGAGGAAGUGAACGGCUACGUCAAGGUCUACACCGGCCGCAAGGUGGGGCUCUUCCCCGUCGACUUCCUGGAGGAGAUUUGAGCCCGGGCCGGCGCCGGCAGUGGUCUUUAGCCAAGGGGCAAGCGGGCCUGGCCUGGAGCCGCGCCUCGGGCCCGAACACGGCCACCGGGGGCAGCUGCAGA